AUGGUGGACUGCGCCAAGAAGACAGUUGCGAAGCAUGGCCCAACGGGCCUCUAUCGCGGGGCAUUACCCCUGAUCUUGGGCUCUUCGGGCAAGCAGGCGGCACGCUGGACAGGCUAUGAAACCACCGCCAACGCUCUCAAGGAUGAACAGGGCAAGCUCACGAUCCCGAAGCGCAUGUUGGCCGGUGCCUGCGGUGGUAUCUCUGAGGCCAUCUUUGCCGUCACACCCAUCGAGACAUUGAAGACUCGCGUGACGGACGACAUGCGCCGAGGCACUGGCAACUACUCUGGAUCUUUCGAUGCCUUGGUGAAGAUUCUGAAGAACGAAGGCCCUGCCGGCCUGUACAUGGGCCUUGUCCCCACCAUCGCAAAACAGGCGACGAAUCAGGCGGUACGCUUCCCUGUCCAGUUCUACGCGAAACAGUUCUUGACUGGCGGUGACAAGAGCUUGGACAGCAACCCGAUCUACAACGGAGUGGCCGGCGCUUUCGCCGGUGCCGUGUCCGUGUUGGCGACCAUGCCUCAGGCAUCUUGUCGUCACCAAGGGAGCUUGUUAUUAUGGUUACGCCUAGAGGGUUUUUGA